AUGGAUAAUGAUGUCACGAUGAAGAUUAUGACAUUCUCUCAACAAGGAUCUCAUGCUAUUUGCAUACUUUCUGCAAAUGGUACCAUAUCAAAUGUCACACUUCGACAACCCAGUACUUCUAGAGGAGAUAUCAACAUUACUGUGAAAAAUGGAUCAACUCUGGGCCGAUUUGAGAUACUUUCAUUGUCUGGAUCAUAUAUGCCAACUGAGAAUGAAGGAACAAAGAGCAGGUCAGGUGGCAUGAGCGUCUCUUUGGCAGGUUCAGAUGGUAGAGUUGUUGGACUGGCUGGUCUAUUGAUAGCUCCAGGACCUGUGUAG